AUGGAACUGGCGGGGGAUCGGUACCGGGGGGGCAUCGUGCGCGGCAGGAUGGAAGGAUUCGGCUCCUACGCCCUGCCGACGGGGGCCGAGUACCGGGGCUCGCUGUGGGACGGGAUGUUCCACGGGAAGGGCGAGCUGCAGCUCAGCAGAGGCGGCGGAUACCGAGCGCUCUGGGACCGCGGGGUGCCCGUGCAGGGGAAAUACACUUUUGCAGAUGGUCUGGAAUAUGACGAGGAAAAAUGGCAUUACUGCGAUGGCUACGACAGAAGAUUUUAUACAGAAAUCUGUUCUGGUUUUAAACCACCAGGCAUUGCUCAGCUUACAAAUCUGGAUCCUCCCAAAAUAAUCCCAGAAGGUUGUUAUGACUGUGGUGAUGGAUUCUAUAACCCCAAAACCAGAGUAGUUGUUGACUACAAAUGCAAGUUUCUGAGAAAUGCAGACAAUGAUGAGCAUGAAUGGAUCCUUCGGACCUGCCGGAAAGCCUGGGACAUAACAACGGAGCACAAACCGAAACCAUAA